AUGAAGUGUAACCGGUCUGAUAAGACUCUUCAGCAUCAUACACGGAUUGACUUCUUGGUUUCAUUAGUAUCCAUGGCUGGCGCCCAAAUCGCGUGGAUGGUGGAGCUAGGAUCAGUUUCCAAUGCUACGGAACAGGUUACUAGCCUGGUCUGGCUAGCUGGGCCUAUCAGCGGUCUUAUUGCACAACCUCUCAUAGGUGCAAUAUCUGAUUCGUCUACGUCGAAGUAUCGGCGGAGAUACUGGGUAGUCUUAUCGACCAGUGCACUUGUUGUCUCAACGCUAGCGUUGGCGUAUUGUCAGAACAUCGCUGGUUUCUUUGUUGACAUCUUUGGUGGAGGUGCUGGUGACUGGGAUCCAGAACGCACGAAGCAGGCUGUAAACGUUGCGAUCAGCAUAGCUGUCUUCGCAUUCUACGUUCUUGAUUUUGCUCUGAACGCUCUCCAAGCAUCUUUGCGAAAUCUUCUCCUGGAUAUCACUCCCCCUGAUCAGCUCAAUGCCGGCAACGCCUGGCAUAGCUGUAUGUGCCAAGCAGGUAAUAUCGUAGGCUACAGGUUUGGUUUCAUCCCUCUUGCGAAGCUGCCCUUCCUGAGCUUCCUUGGUGGCGAUCAGUUCCGAAAGUUAUGUGUUGUCAGCAUGACUAUCCUUGUUGCCACUGUGUGGAUCACUUGCUUCUGUCAUGAGGAGAAAGCUUCCGUAGUAAGGAAGAAUAACAAGAGGCACGGCAAGUUCGGUGAAAUUUUGGAGAAUAUAUACAGUGCGAUGACAACGCUUCCGAGACCUAUCAGAAGGGUAUGUUUUGUGCAGAUCUUUGCUUUCAUGGGAUGGUUCCCAUUAUUGUUCUACUCUACCACAUAUGUUGGUCAAGUGAUGGCCUACGAGACAGGCGAGGAGCCAGACAACAAGUUAGCCACUCGUACCGGUGAAUUCGCAAUGUUGCUAUACAGCAUAGAAGGUGAUGAUGAAGAUGCUCAGAUUGAACACUUCCGCGGUAGACUUCACAUGUGGCGUCAAGAAGGCACUAUAAAACUUCCGAAAAUGCCAUGGCUCCUCCGGGACAUAUGGACAGCAGCGAUGAUCUUGUUCACUUUGCUAACGUUCUCUACAUUCUGGAUAAGCACCGUCAAGCAAGCUACGGUCGCAAUUAGCUUGGUUGGGAUAUGUUGGGCUGUUGCGUGUUGGGUGCCAUUCGCCAUUAUCAUGGAGAUUCUACAUCUACCUGAAGCGACAACUGAGGCCUCCAAGCAAGAUCCUUUACUUGGCCGCUCCACAGAGGUCGAAUCAAAUUCUGAUGCUGAGGGUGAGGUCAGCGAUAGUGAGACCAGGCCAGCAGGAGGCACAAUCCUCGGUGUUACGUCGACUAUCCCUGUAACACUCGGCAUCCAUAACCUUGCCAUCGUGAUACCACAAUUUAUCAUCGCCCUCGUCUCAUCUGUGACAUUCCGUAUCGUAGACGAAACCACCGAUGUCGUCACUCCCUCUCCCGAUCUCGAGCCCGAUCACAACACAUAUAUGGGUAAGAAUGGCGUAGCAUGGGUCCUGCGGUUCGGAGGUUUGUGCAUGCUGAUCGGCGCUACUGCCUGUCGUAUGGUGCCACCCACCAAGACAGAGCAUCAGAUGAGGAGUGGGCUUGCUGUGCUGGAGGAGCUCAAGGCUGAAGAGGAGCCCUGAUGUGAUCUAGUGUGGACAAAUCGUUGUAUCAUACAUUAUAUUUUCAACAGCUGUAUCUCGUAUAUAAGUUUUCUGUGUUCAUGUCUAUCACUUG